UUCUCUUGUUUUUACCUAUCAACUCAACAAUAUGCCUCACACUCCUAUAUCAAAACAAGAUGCUUCUCGCAUCCAAAGCACCCAAGCAAAAACUGGAAAAGAUACCGGUAAGGGUUCUUUCUCUUCUCGCGCUCAAUCUGCUGCUGAUCGCAAUGCCAAUACCAAUACUCAAAGCCAACCACAACCCAAAAAGUAACUCUUUUGUGUCUCUGCUUGUUUAAAGUCUAUGAAAUAAGGAGAUACACCUCUCUUUUUUUUUUUUUUUGAAUAAAACACUGUUUUGUAAUGUAAAUCUCUAGUUCAAACUGAUGCAAUACUUGUAUUUUCUUUACAUCACAGUAUGCUUUUUUCGCAUAAACCUAUACUAAGAUGAUACAGCUCUUUCUCUCUCUCUCUCUCUUUUUCUCUGCUAUAUUGUUUUCUAAAUCAUGUCUACUGACUUAACGUCAAAGCAUC